GAUAAAGGAAGAUCAGACAUUUCUCACACAGUAAAGCAGAGUAAUCUGCACCAGUGCAAAAAAUAUUCUGAUCUAAUCUUACCACACACGGCCAAGGAACUCCCAUCCCAGAUGAACAUGUUCAGUGUGCUGUAAUAUAAUCAAAACCCCACUACAGUCUAGGCAGCGGUGCUUUCUUUCAACACUUCAAAAUGGAAACAGAAGCAGAGGUUAUCCCUAUUUGGCAAAAUAAACCGCAUGGAUCAACUCGUAGCGUGGUGAGACGAAUCGGCUCUACGCUGCCUCUUAAACCAUGUCCCAGAGCUUGUUUCCAGGAACUCCCAGGCCUUCCUUCAAUGCGUUCACUUGAUGGUCCGCUUGUGCCUACGCUAGCAGACAUUGCCUGGAUUGCAGAUGAUGAAGAGGAGACAUAUGCGAGAGUGAGGAGUGACACUCGUCCACUGAGGCAUGAGUGGAGGCCUACGCCACUGCUGGUGAUGCACAGAAACUCCUCUGUGCCCAACUUCAGAAGAGAAGGCCGACGCGUGGAGGGAUUGAGGAAACCAGGAGUGACUGCUCUGAACCGCACCACAGCGUUACAGGAUGAGCUGAGUCGACUCCGAGCGCAGAUUGCCAAGAUCGUUGCUGCAGAUUCAGAUUCAAACCCCAUCACCCCUGAUCUGCUGUCCCCUGAUGACACUAGUAUGGGCUUCUCCAUGGCUCCAUUUGAGACUGCUGCUUACCAGCCCCCUCCCACAGCCUCUUUUGUCAUCAGUGAUGUCACAGAAGAGGACGAGGAGGAGGAAGAGGAAGAGGACAGAGAGGAGGAGGAGGAGGAUGUGUCCGAACUGGUGCCUGAUCCAAUGCCUCCAGUGUCUAUGACGGCAUCUGCCACAUUUGAUCUUGAUCGCCCUACGAUGGACUUCCGGGAGCCUGAGGAGGACACUGUAUCUCUGUCCAAAUCAACAAGCUUUGCUGAUGUCAUGGACAUGCUGAAAGACAUGAACCGCUUGAAGAUGAGCAAGGACAGAUAUAACCGUGGAUGCACUUCACUAAGAGAGGAAGAUUCUGCCUCUCUAAUAUCUGAAGCGCUGAGGAAAAAAUUUGUCCUGAAAGACGAUGACAUCAGCAUGAGGAAAUAAUCUAGAAUCCAAACCCUCUGCAGACUCUCCAUGUAAGGCUGAACUGCAUGGAUAUAUCUCAUAUUCGGUUUAAAGUCCCAUUUAGACCUACAAAACCAAGUGAAUAAAGCAUGGACGUGGAAUUUUAA